AUGACCUUUUACUUGCUCUUUCUCAUACCAAUAUCAUCAGCUGGAAAUAGAAACGCUAACACCAUAUUUGGUAAAAAACAAAAACUGGAGGUUCAACAGCAUUUGAAGCGCCUUAACAAGCCUGCUCUUAAAUCCAUCAAGAGCCCGGAUGGAGAUAUAAUUGACUGCGUAGAUAUCAACAAGCAGCCAGCUUUUGAUCAUCCUUUGUUAAAAAAUCACACAAUUCAGAUGAGACCAAGUUCUUACCCAGAAGGGUUUUCAUUUGAUGAAAUCAAUGACGUCUCUUCAAACUCCGAGCCCGAAUUUGCUCAGCCAUGGCACUUGAAUGGAAGGUGCCCAGAAGGAACUAUUCCCAUAAGAAGAACUAAAGAAGAAGAUUUAUUAAGGGCAGGCUCUGUAGCAAAUUUUGGAAGGAAAAAAUACCAUACCAUCCCUAAUGCUCAGGCAUCUCGACCUCCCCAUGAGCAUGCAAUUCUUAGUGAGAAUGGAGUUAAGUUUUAUGGAUUGACGGCAGACAUGAACCUGUGGAACCCCUAUGUCCAGGAAGCAAAUGAGUUUAGCUUAUCUCAAUUCUGGUUGUUAAAUGGUGCAUAUGAAACAGAUCUUGAUACCAUUGAAGCCGGCGCGACGGUUAACGAAAGGCUAUAUGGAGAUAAAAACACUAGACUCUUCCUAUAUUGGACAGAUGAUGCAUAUCAAAGCACAGGUUGCUACAAUUUGUUGUGCCCUGGCUUUGUUCAAGUUGACAAACAGAUUGCAAUGGGUGCAAUUGUCACCCCUUAUUCCAAGUAUAAUGGUAACCAAUAUGCACUCAAGUUCUAUGUUUGGAAGAAAGUUGCCGCUAAGGAUUCAUCUGUCUCAAAAGGUUUAGAGAUCAAUAAUGAAUCAUCCACAACAAAGACCUUUUUUAUCAACUCUUCACCCGUGAUGAGAAACUUAAGGAAUGAAGUACCUUUGAUCCAUCCUGUUUCACCAAUUUCUCCAUCAUAUCUAGAGGUCAUGCCAGUGAUGAUGACUGACACCUCUACCAUGGAAGAAAAGAUGAUAGAAAUGGAACAAAAAGUCGCCUUCCUCACCAAGACACUUGAAGAUAAGGACGUCAAAAUUGCAACCCUGAUGAACAAGCUAGAGGUACAAGAUUCGGGUGAAUCAAGUCUUGACCCUAAGCAGCAACCUAGCUUUACCUUGAAAGGAGAAAAUGCUAGGGUUGAAAAAGGAAAAGGAGUUGAAGAUGCUUCUUAA